GGCUGGCUGCGACGGAAGAGGCCGCCCGAGAGUGCGCGUCAUUUCCGUCGCGCGACCGGACCCACGUUCUGUAGUCGUGAACAGAGGCCUCGAACGGCGUCCGGCUUCCGGUUUCGCGCGUCGGAAGUGACGCCGACCCGAUGCGCCACGGCGCCGAGCGCGGAGGCCGGGUCGCGAUGCGCGGCGUCCUGUGUGCGCCGGCGGCCGGGGCGGUCCGGACGCUGAGGUUCGUGCGCUGGGCUUCCCGCGCCCAGCCGCCGCCGGGUGGUCGAGCGCAGGCCCCGCCCGCGGCCGAGGAAGAGGAUGACCCUGACCGUCCCAUUCACUUUUCCUCCAGCCAAGCCCACCCGUCCCGCUGGACGGUGCAGCAUUCCCUGGGGAAGGAGCAGCAGCGGCCCUGGUGGAGGGUGUUGCCCUUCAGCCUCUCUCUCAUGGCUCUGGUCUUCUGGUGCUUCCUGCGGCAGGAGACCGGCGCGGACCGGUGGCUGAAACAGGUGUUCGGGGAAGAGGAGGCGGAGCCCGGCGAGGGUUCGCAGGAGCCCGGAGCUCCGGCUGCCCACCAGGCGAGGACUUAGCGGGCUGGCGGCGAGGGGACAGGCCGCCGCCCCGACGCUUUGGCCAUCGGGUUUGUCAGUUUUGCCGCCGUUGCGCGCGUCAGCGGAGUGAAGGACUCGGCGCACCGGGACGCGCUGACCCGCGUGGAAGGGGGAGCGGAAGGCCAUCCUGUCGGGACCGGCUCUCUGCCGGACACUGAUGCCCAGCGGAUACGUGCAGAGGACAUGGCGUUUCCAGAUGCUCGGGAGAGGCCUCGGUUGCGUCGUGCGCUCUUGGAUUUGUGAUGUGUCUUUCUACGGCGCGCGAUCGCGUUUCCGAAGCGGUGCUGGUGACACUCGUGAUCCCCGGAUCCAGUUCGCGGGUCUUCUGCUUUCGGGGACG